GAUCACCUCUACUCCAACGCAACAAUGUCGCAAAGACCACAGUAUAUAAUCGAGCACAUGGAAGAUUUGGAUGCAGAUCCAGAUUCACCUGCUACAUUUCCAAAAUGGGCAUUAUUGGAAUAUAGACAUAUGCUUACGCUGGUAGGACCUGGUUCAACGGUUCAUUUUACCGGUCUGGUUUCAAAUGCUUCCAGGGAUGCAUUACACAAAGCACUUUCUGCUUCUUCAUCUUCACAGCCAAGUGCCGAAUUUGAAGUGCACGUUGAGGGAAUCUUGGAUAUGGCCAAAAAGAGAAAUGCUGAACUAAGCCAGAUCUGUCUCUUGGAUCCCAAAUCACCAAUCGCAGUUUCAGUACAUGAUGCAGGAUUACAUUCAGGAAAAGCAACAACGGCAAAACCAUCUGAUGGACCUUUUAGAUACUUUUUGUUCGGUGGAAUUUUGGGUGAUGAUCCACCGCGUGAUCGAACGGGCGCACUUAGAGCUUUAGGUUUCCCAACUCGUCAUUUAGGACCAGUUCAAAUGACUACAGAUACGGCCCUUGGCGUGACAAAGCGUGUGGUAGAAGAUGGUAUUGCGAUCAAUCUGCCAAAAGAAGAUGUAGGUUCGGAAAAUACGGAAAAACAAGGUCCAGGCGGAAGUAUGGCUUGGAUCACGCAUCCUGAACUGAAAUUUGGAGCAGGGGAAUCAGUCACUAUGCCAUUCAGAUAUAUGGUUGCAGAUAAUAAUGCUCCCAUCACUCCUCAAACUCGACCUUUGAUGCCACCAGGAAUGCGUGAACAUAUCAGACAAGAUCUAGACCGUGCAUUCGAAUUUUAAGCAAAAGAGCGUUGAAUGUAAAAACAUGUACCAUUAGCAAAUACGAAUACA